CGCACUUUUACGCCGUAUGCAUAGCAGAAAUUCAAAACGCCUGACCGCGGAAUGUGGCUAGUGUUCCGUUAUAUCACUUUUGCCUGUGAAUUUCUUAUGUUCCUGAUCAUUUUGGACAUUGUAGCGGUUCUAUAUUUCUUUGAGCUGUACUGAAACACUUUUAACCAUUAAAAAAGCACAUCAUGUUGCGAGCAGGACUUGGGAGUGCUGCCACCCCUGUAACAGAGAAGACUUUGAAACGCAAGGUUGAGAAUCAGUCGGCUAACAGAGCUCUGCUGUGGUUUGUCGUCAACCUCUGUUUGGCCGUUUUCUUUUUUCUGGAAAUGACAUUCAGCUCUACAUCGGAUUACUUUGAUCUGAGCCAUCCGUCCGUGUGGUAUGUGAAAUGUGCCUUCACCGUGCUCUUCACGUUCAAUUCCUUGGUGGAUCUGUGGCGCUAUGUCAUCCCCACCCUGCAGGGUAUGCGGCAUCCCAUUGCCCUGUCACCGGUGGAGAAGGAUAUGCUCGGAGUCGGAGACAAUGCGAUUGGCUUUAAGAUGUCCCGUCACAGGAUAGCGUCUGCUCCAGCCAACCUCUACGGCUCACACCACCACACACCACCCUUAUCCUCAUCUCCCUGCUCCGUGAAACCUCCUAGCCAUUACCUCUACCCUGCCACCCCGACCUCUGCAGCCAGUCCCGGGGGUAGCCCAUCCUUGAUGGGUGCGUACGGGUCCCCCAAGCUGACUCCAAACAGUGCAUACAAGGGCCAGUACUCUCCAGGGGCAUCCCCUUCCUCCCAGGGGAGCUUCCUCUCAAUCAAUGGACAUUCCUUUAAUCAGACUCCAGGGAGCACCCCUCACACUCCAGCUGUUUCAUCUUCAGUUCUGUUCAGAGAUACAAGUGGAAGCGGAGGAAGCCUUCUUAGACCGAGACACAAAUCUUCUCCUGUUGCAAGACAUUCUCCAUUGGUGACACCAGAAACAGUUAUUUCUGAUGAAGCUUCUCUAAGGAGCUACUUGUCUUCAUACGAUGAGAAGGAAAAGAGAAAUAUGCUGGGAAUGCCAGACCAAUCACCGAACAGUAGCCCGUCCUUCUGGGCUUACAACCGUUCUGCUGCAGACUUCAACUAUCUCUUGGGCAAGUACCAGUACCAGCUAGCCAGUAGGUCGCCCCAGUCGCCAGCCACUGGACGGGGCAAGGACGACCAGGACUAUCCGGCCACAUAUGGAGCAGAGGAGGCCUGGGACAAGCUGGAGGUGGACAGAGAGACGCUUGACCGCUGGAUUGCCAAUCUAAGACAGUGGUUGAGCCAGACAGUGUUGGUUCCUAUCAUCAAAGAGAUAGACAACGUCAACAAAAAACUGCAGAGGCUUGGCCAUGGGGACCUUCAAAUUGGAGAUACGAGUAUAUCAGCUCUUCGUCAGGUAGCCAUUCUCAAGAGCCAGCAUGUACCUUCCCUCAAUGUACUACUCUCCUACCUAGAUAUAUCAUCUAAUCAAGAAUACAUUAUACAGAGAUACAGAGACCUUGCUCGAGGAGGAUACAUCUGUGAGUUUCGAUGGGACCAGGGUGGAGAGUAUAAGGGCCGUAAAUGGCAGAAGGACUUGCCUACAGACUGUGUGCUUGUACUGCAUGCCUUGUGUACCUACUUGGACUCUUGCCUUCCGCCCCACCCUAAGCAUCCUGACGGAAAGAUCUUCACCGAUCAGUACUUCAUGAAGACGCCCGACAAACCAGAUCUGAAGAGGGAGAAUUUGCUUCUCUUCCAUUCCAAGAUCAACCCUCCUCACUACAAGGUUAUUCUAGGUGAUGAUACAUGGGAUCUUCCAAAGGGUAGAAACAACAUGUUCCAAGCUAUCCUGCUGUUUUUGCGUCACAUCAAGACCAAGGAGAAUGGAAUGCUGGGGAGGGUGAACCUUGGACUAUCGGGGGUCAACAUACUGUGGGUGAUUGACAGCUGAGAUGGACCAAUCACAGCUCGUGAAGGACAGAAAGUAGGUAAAGCUUCUGAUCAACAAGCAACCAAUACCAAAGUUUAAAGAGUAUGAGACUGAAAAAAAAAACAUUGGCUGUAUUUGGUUUUGAAGAUAUACUUAAUGGAACAAGCAAAGUUUCAGAAAUGCUGAUGGGACUAUUUUAUUAGACUGAGAUUUGGAUGAGAGAAGGAUGAUGAAGGAAGGAGCCACCGAGCCUGAUGUUGGAAUAAAAGAUAAAGUAAGGAGAAAAAAAAGAUGAAUUAAUAUAAAGAAAGAGACCCUGGUUUGGAGGUGAAAAUAUUAGUGACAAGAGAAUCAUGGUGAUAUCUAGAGAGAAGGGUUGCCCUUGCCAAAAAUAUUUGUUCAAAUAUUGUGGGCUGGAAUCUAGCAGAUUGACCACAAUAAUAUGAUAUCGUCUUUUUGGAGCCAGAAGGGCAUUACACUUAUUUCAUUGUACACAAAGUAAUGCCCCUUCUUGCUCCAAAACAGACAAUAUAUACAAUAUUUGCGGAGAGUAACGCCCUAAAAAAUAAAUGACUGUGGUACCUGAGAUAUUUGUUGUCUUGUUGUGACCCCAACCCUUUCCUUUUUAUUUUAGAUAAAUUUUCCUGAUAUUUGAAUUGUUAUCCCCCAAAUCAGAGCUGUUAGCACAGAUAUGAUUUAUGAAAUACCGAAAACGUACUAAAAGAGCUCAAACCCAAUUAUAGCUUUAAAACAUAUAUGUCUUUGGGUAUAACAACAUGACUGAAAUGAGAUUGUUUACAUUCUAUGGUGCGUGUGACACAUCAGAGUGCCCAGUCUAUUCUGCUUAUUCAGUUGAACCUGAUGUGAGGAUCUAAGUCAAGUUCAACAAAAUAAAAUUAGAUGGGACCUUAGUCUUUAACUUCUUCAGAAUUUAAUCUGUCAUAGGGUUAAAUUUCAGUAGAACAUGACAUAAUAUAUCAUUCUAGUUAACCACUUCGAGAUCUCAAAAAUUCAGAUGUAGCUCUUCAAGUUUAUUGCUUAGAUUUGUUGACGAAAGAUUUAUUUUCAAAAACCAAAAGAGUCGGUCCCAUUAAUAUUUUGUGCAGUUUUACAGUAAAGUGCAUUCAUUAAUUGCAGGAUGUGAGUUGACAUGUGGUCAGCAUCAAUUGCAGAUUAUUGGGUUAUAUUUCCUCCCCCCCCCCCCCCCCCCCCCCCAAAAAAAAAAAUUCCUCUGUAUAAAUAUACUGUAUGGAAGUGUUUGUAAUCACAUCUUUUUUUUAAUUGUUAAAUGUGAUUAUUGUAAAUCGGAGGGAUGAAAUAAUUGUUCAAUUUAAAUACCGGUAAUCUUUUUGUUGUGGUUAUGGAUUCAUGGAACUGUUACAGAAUUUUAACAAGUUGUUGACUUUGAUAGCCCUUUAAGGACAUUCUGCAGCAUUGUUUGUAGACAAUUUCACUGCGCAGGGCCAGCUUGGUUGUAUAUUUCAUAUGUACAAACAGUACAAUGCACAAAAAUUACUGUGGAAUGUCCUUAAAAUAUAACAUAACAACACAUAAAGGCGAUUCUGUGCAAUGCAUCCCUUAUGACCACUGACUGAUGGUCGUGUUACCAGGAGAAUCACUAGCCUGUGGCCAUAUAAAGACAUUCCUAUUUUUAGAUGAUAUAAGUGUAUAAAAGUAUGAAGGAACAGAAGAAUCUUGUUGAAAAACUGAUUACUGCAAUAACCUAAGUUAAGAAAUGACCCAAGGUGUAGAUAAUCCUAGUAGAUAUUCAUUCUUCAUUUAAUGAGACAUCAGUGAAUAUUUCACGACUAGAUAGUAAAUCUACCGGUAUACAAAUUAUAUCUGUAUAACAUUUACUUAAUACAAUUUAAAAUCUAAUUGAAAAUGUUUGAAUCUCUUGAGUCAUUCAUAAUUUUCAUAUAUAAUAAUUUAGAGAAUGGAAUUUUGAUUAGAAUUCAUUUUAUUUAUAUUUAGGUUACGACUGCCAAUUUCCCAAAUGAAUUACCGGUAUUGUGAUUAAAUUUAUUCCUCUGUUUUCCCCCCUUUUAACAUGAGUUCUAUUUAAGGAGAGCAUGAAUAUAUUUCUUUGAAAAUGUUGAGAGGUGGGAGUAAGAUACAUGUAUUUGAUUUUAAAUUUGCUUCAGUGUCAGAUGAGAUUCAUCAACGCAAUGAAUGGUGCCACAAUUUCUACCAAAUUUCAAAUAUUUUUUCCUCCUCUUUUACGAUUUGCUGACACCAAGAUAAAGAAUUUAAUGGAUGUGAAAUGCAUGCAUUACAUUACUUAAACAGCUAAGCUUUACCUCAUCACUUAUAUGUUCAAAGUUUAAAGAAAAUAUGUGCCUUUGAUAUUCGUGCUUGUUAACGUGUUGUAUGUUCAUGUAUGUCUACUGUAAGAAAAUAAAUCUGAAUGUAAUGUUA